AUGUGUUCAAUAAUUGAUUCAUCCGGAUCGCGAGGAACAAUAAAAUAUGUUGGAGAAGUUAAUGGUGUUCAAGGACUUUGGUUCGGUAUAGAUUGGGAUGACCCUAAAAGAGGAAAACAUGAUGGAACUUACAAUGACAUUCGUUAUUUUACGGCUAGUCAUCCAACGUCGGGCUCAUUUGUUCGACCAUGUAAAGUAAGCACAGGAAUAUCAAUUGUUGAAGCUAUUAAAGAAAGAUAUGGAUUGACAUCAGAUCCUAAUGUUGGGCUAGAUCAAGAAAUUAUUAUUCAAGUUCAAAAAGAAAUUAAAGCGAAAAUAUUUGAAGUCGUGGGAGCUGAAAAGUUAAACAGAAUACAAAGCGAUUUCAGAAAUUUAAGAAUAGUACUCCUUCGUGAUUUUCUCGUUAAUGGAGCCGGUCCUCCUCAAGCUUUAUUAAAUUUAUGCCCUUCAAUUCAAGAAUUGGAUUUAUCUAGAACAUUACUUAACAGCUGGGAAUCAGUUGAAGAAAUAACGAGUCAACUAAAAAAUUUAAAAAUUCUUAAUUUAAGCAAUAAUCGUUUAAAAAUAUCGGAAAAUGUUGUUAAAAGUGAAUCAUUCCAAAGUUUGGAACAUAUUGUUUUGGGAAAUUUAAUGUAUUCUUGGUUUCAAGUUCUCGAAUGUUCAAAUUUUUUUUUAAAUAUUCAAGCAUUACAAGUUCAGUUCAAUAAUAUAGUGACAUUAGAAACUCCGAAUGAAAAAAUAUUUUCUAAUUUGUGUAUGUUAGAUUUAGAGGGGAAUCCAAUUAAAUCCUGGAACGAAAUUAAUAAAAUUGGUUAUAUAAAAACAUUAGAAACGUUAAAUAUAAGCCAAUGUGGUAUCGAUAAUAUUUAUUUACCCGUAAAUACGGAUUCAUCUCAAGUCACGGAUUUGUUUAAAAAUUUAAAAAAUUUAAUUUUAAACGGAAAUAAUAUUAACGAUUGGGAAUCCAUAUCUGAAUUAGACAAAUUGGAAAACUUGUACGAUUUUAGAUUUAAAGAUAAUCCUAUUUUGACAAUUGAAACCAUGGAAACAAAUCAUCAAUUGAUAAUAACUAAAAUAAGAAAUUUACAGGUAUUAAAUGGAGAACAAAUAUUAAAAGAAGAAAGAAAAGGUGCAGAUAUAGAUUAUUUAAAACGUUACGGAAGAGAAUGGCUCGGAAUUAAAAAUGAAGAAGAUAAAAAAACUUUCAUAAAAGCUCACCCAUGUUAUUUAAAACUUAUUUCUCUAUAUGGUCCACCAGAAGAAUGCGAAUUGAAAAAACUUCCGACGUCUUUAAAAAGUCAAUUAAUUCAAAUAGAAAUAUUUUCUGGUGAUAAAAAAUUUUCUAAAAAAGUACCUUAUAAUAUGUCAAUACAAAAAUUGUCUGGUCUCAUACAGAGAUUAUUUAAUACUGGAUUUGCUAUGCCCAGACUUUUUUGCAUUCACUCUCAGAGACGGGAUAGCGUUGAAAUUCCUUUAGACGAUAUCCUUAAAGACCUGAAUUUUUAUUCUGUGGAAAAUGGUGAUAAAAUUGCCGUCCAUUGGUAA